AACUGGUCUGAACCGGUCACGUGAUUCAAACAAACAAAAAUAACGUCUUAAUAAUGGUUUGACUCCGUGUAUGCAGUGAACUGGAACUGAAGUAGAUGUAAAUCGUCAAUAUAAGUCGUAUAUUAAGAUAUAUACGAAACGUAUUAUGCAUUUAAGCUUUUAAUUUACAGCUUCGGUGUAGGAUCUGGCAUGUGACUGACUGACUGAAUGAAUGAAUGCUUGGCUACAAAAGUAUAGCAGCGUUGAUCAAUACAAAGUAGUCCUGAUAUUACUAUAAGAGCUAAUCCAUUAACCAUGCGGAGAAGACCACAGUCUGCAGCUUUGACACCGGCAUUUUUGAGCAGAGCUGGGAGUGAGAAAACAGUUUCUACAGCUGCAGCACAGUCCCAGUUUCACACAGACCUCUGGCUCUGUUUCACUGUGCAGAACUGGAUAUUGGACUUUGGGAGGCCAAUUGCUAUGAUCAUAAUGCCCCUGGAAUGGUUUCCUCUAAAUAAACCCAGUGUUGGAGAUUAUUUUCACAUGACAUAUAAUGUCAUCACACCGUUCUUAUUACUGAAGUUCUUCCUCAUCCUCUUCUUGUAUUUCACUGGCUGCUUUACACAAGUUAAAGAUGAGAAGAUGCCUUACUCAGGCUGGCUGCUACUUGGCCCCAGUGCAGUGUACUAUUGGUAUCUGAUUACUGAGGGGCAGAUCUUUGUCCUGUAUGUCUUCACCUUUUUUGCCAUGGUUGCCACUGUGAUGCGCCAGAGACGGAUGGGCUUCGUGUUAGACAGCAAUGGCCGUUUCCUCUUCUAUAACUUUAUCAUUACCCUGGGAUUAGUUCUGGUCUGGGUCGCAUAUCUGUGGAAUGAUAAAGUUUUGCGCAAAAAGUAUCCCGGUAUCAUCUAUGUUCCAGAGCCUUGGUCCUUCUAUACCUUACACAUCAAAGGCAGUUAAAUACUAAUAGAGAAUCAGAACUAAAUUUCAUUGACAUUUCUCCAGU